AAGAUGUCUGGUCGAGGUGCUGCUGCUGCAAAUGUUUUAGUUAAGUUGAUAGUGGGUGCUGGUUCUGCGUCUCCUUCUCCUCCUGUUGGGCCUGCGUUAGGUUCCAAGGGUGUUAAGGCUAUUGAUUUUUGCAAAGAAUUCAAUGCAAGAACCGCUAAUUAUGAACCAAAUACUCCAAUACCUGUAGUGGUUACAAUUAAACCUGAUAGAUCUUUCACUUUUAAUUUAAAGUCUCCUUCGACCACUUAUUUAUUAAAAAAAGCUGCUGGAAUAGAUAAAGGUGCUGGUAAAGUUGGUUUAAACGAUCCCAAAAUUGGAACUGUGUCUUUGAAACACAUUUAUGAAAUUGCAAAGAUUAAAAAAACUGAUCAGAACCACGAAAAUUUGAACCUUGAAGCUAUCUGUAAAUCAAUUAUUGCAACUGCUAAAUCAAUGGGUGUAGAAGUAAAACCAUAGGUUUAAAUAGCUUUUACUAAUUAAAAUUGGUGACAAUGAAUUUCACUUUCCUUUUUUCCUUUUGCAGUUUCGGUUAUAAUCUUUUUUUUGUUUUUUGUUUUUUG